GUACGCGUGUGUAGGGGGAGGACUUUAUUUCCAUUGGCUCGGCUUUCACUUCCCACCCACAUCUCUUCCACAUCACCUUGGUGUCUCCCUAAAUAAAACCAGCCCUUCUUAUCACACGGACGAAAUCAAGAGCUAGAGUUUGAAUGGAUGUUUGUAUAAAUAUUUACCCCUACGAAGCUAUUGCUGAGCUGGUGGGAUAAGCUCGUGGCAGCUGGUCUGAGACUGUCUUUGCUCUCUCUCCUCUAAAAGGCUCUAAUUACUUUCCAGAGGGGAGGGGAAGGAUCCCAGUUCUUGCUACAGUCUGACCCAAAAAGCAGUGCAAGGAUUUCACCAGCUACUCCCAAUGGAUCUGAAGGACAGCACCAGCGAGGGCAGCAUGGGGAGCCUGCAGCCUUCCAGCAUCCAGAUUUUUGCCAACACCUCCACACUCCACGGGAUCCGUCAUGUCUUCGUCUAUGGGCCAGUGACCAUCCGGCGCCUGCUCUGGACCUUGGCCUUUGUGGGCUCUCUGGGGCUCCUCCUGGUGGAGAGCUCGGACCGGGUGACUUUCUACUUCUCCUACCAGCAUGUCACCAAAGUGGACGAGGUGGUGGCAAACAGCCUGGUGUUCCCUGCUGUCACCAUCUGUAACCUCAAUGAGUUCCGCUUUUCCCGGCUGACCACCAAUGAUCUGUACCAUGCUGGGGAGCUGCUGGCUCUGCUUGAUGUCAACCUGCAGAUCCCCAACCCUCACCUGGCUGACCCGGCUGUCUUAGCCAUCCUCCAAGAGAAAGCCAACUUUAAGCAGUAUAAACCGAAAGUUUUCAACAUGCAGGAGUUCCUGGCACGGGUUGGCCACGACCUGAAGGAUAUGAUGCUGUACUGCAAAUUCAAAGGUCAAGAAUGUAACCAUGAGGACUUCAAAACUGUGUUUACAAAAUAUGGGAAAUGCUAUAUGUUUAACUCAGGAGAAGAAGGACGGCCUCUUCUUACUACAGUUAAGGGUGGGACAGGCAAUGGAUUGGAAAUCAUGCUAGACAUCCAGCAGGAUGAAUAUUUGCCAAUAUGGGGAGAAACAGAGACGACAUUCGAGGCUGGAGUCAAAGUUCAGAUCCACAGCCAGUCGGAGCCGCCGUUUGUCCAGGAGCUCGGCUUCGGGGUGGCCCCUGGAUUCCAGACCUUUGUGGCCACCCAAGAGCAAAGGCUGACCUACCUGCCUCCGCCGUGGGGUGAAUGUCGCUCGUCAGACAUGGGCUUAGACUUCUUUCCCGUUUACAGCAUCACGGCUUGCAGGAUCGACUGCGAGACGCGGUAUAUUGUGGAAAACUGCAACUGCAAAAUGGUUCACAUGCCAGGGGAUGCUCCCUUCUGUACCCCGGAGCAGUACAAGGAAUGUGCAGAGCCUGCGCUUGGUUUGCUUGCUGAAAAAGACAGCAAUUACUGCAUCUGCAGGACACCCUGUAACCUGACCAGGUACAACAAAGAGCUCUCCAUGGUCAAGAUCCCCAGCAAGACUUCAGCCAAGUACCUGGAGAAGAAAUUCAACAAAUCAGAAAAAUAUAUCUCAGAAAAUAUUCUUGUCUUGGACAUAUUUUUUGAGGCACUCAACUAUGAGACGAUUGAGCAGAAGAAAGCCUAUGAAGUGGCAGCCUUACUUGGUGACAUUGGAGGCCAGAUGGGGCUAUUUAUUGGUGCUAGUAUCCUCACUAUACUAGAGCUCUUUGAUUAUAUAUACGAGCUGAUCAAGGAGAAAUUAUUAGACCUACUUGGCAAGGAGGAAGAGGAAGGGAGCCAUGAUGAAAACGUGAGCACUUGUGACCCCAUGCCAAACCAUUCGGAAACCAUCAGCCACACUGUGAACGUGCCACUGCAGGCCACCCUGGGAACACUGGAGGAGAUCGCCUGCUGACACCGCCCGACCUCUGCACAGUGCCAACACCUAAGGAAGGGAAACUGCACGGGAAAGCAGGGACCGAGCUCAGUCUCUGAUUUUCACUACAAGAAGGAACUCGCGGGCCCAGCCAUCCCCUGAAAUCACCAUUACUAACGUCGUAGGCUGAAUUAGAAUAAAGAAACAAAAAGUCGCAGCUCUUGGAUUCUUCUUACGUUCUUGUCCUUCGUGUCAGUCUGUGAUGAAUCUUAAGCUAAGCCAGGUCCCCGAGGCCGGGCCACCUCAGCGCUGCCCGACACCCCCAGGUGAGCAUCCCUGCGGAGGGGCAACCGUGUGGCUCUCGGUGGAUCGUCCCCACCCGGCUGCUGUGUCGUGCUCCUCCAUCUGCAGUGC